UAUUUAGCUGCGUCUAUUUUGAAAGCUGUGAAACAACUGAACCCCCCCCCCCGAAGAGUGAAGCGGCUUCGUCCUGAGUCACUCCUCUCCAGCUCCGCUUUGCAACUUUCGGGAAACGUGUCGUGUGAUUUUCAUGGAGGAUAUUUGACACGGCCAGAGAAGAUUAAUGUCAGCAAACAGCAGAGACGCAGAGGAGGGCAGCAGCUGUGACAGUGCUGGAAGAUGUCUGCCAUGUUGUGCCUCUGGUCUUAUCUCGGCCAAACUGACCAUUGUGGUGGGAGACACUCACUUCUCCGAGGACAAGAUGUUACUUGUUCAGAGUUGUGACUAUUUCAGAGCUCUGUAUCGCUCAGGGAUGAAGGAGUGUCAGCAGGAAGAAAUCCACCUCAAGUCUCUGCAUGCUCGGGGCUUCUUUCUUGCAAUGGCGGUGUUACGAGGUGAGAAGCCCGCCCUGGAUGGCGACGAUAUCGUGGAAGCCAUUGAAUGUGCUGCUUUCCUGCAAGUGCCGUUGCUCGCCAAGCAUCUCAUCAACCUCAUUGACUCAGAAAACUGCUUGCUGAUGUUUCACACUGCGGCAACCUUCGGACUCAUGGAGCUUUACCACGCUGCCGCGCUGUUUAUCAGAAACAUGUACGCCGACCUGGAGGUGGAGGUGAGGAAAUCCUUACCGUCUGAGCUGAUCUCCUACGUGGAGUCUUUGACCCCGAGUGUUUUCGUGGCGGUUGGGGCCCAUGUGACCUGCGCUGGGGAUGAAACCGUCCACGCUGCCUCCAGGACGGUCUGCUACCUGGACGAAUCUGGCAAUAACUGGAAGGUGUUAACAGAUCUUCCGGUUCAGGCCAGCACCUCCAUGGCGGGAGUGACUAUUCUAGACAACAAACUCUACAUCGUCGGAGGAGUUCACAGACUUCACAACCAAGUGGUGGAUGCAUGUUUCUGCUACAAUGUUAAAGAAAACAUCUGGAGCAGGUUCUCAAGUCCAGCACAGCGUCGAUAUAACCUGAGCCUUGUAGGUGCGGACGGUCGUCUUUACGCCAUUGGAGGAGAAUGCGAGCGAACAGUGAUGUCAUCCGUGGAGACCUACGAUGUAAAGACUGGACGGUGGGAGUUUGCGGCACACUUACCUCGACCUGCAGCGGGAGCGGCGUGCACCAAAGCCCUGAGCAGGAUAUUUGUGUGUCUAUGGAAGCCGAUGGAGACAACAGAGAUCUACGAGUACAUCUCCAGAAGAGACGAGUGGCGGCUUGUGACCACGCUGAUCAGAAAACAGAGCUACGGUCACUGCAUGGUCGGCCACAGAGACAGCCUGUACGUCAUGCGAAACGGGCCGUCGGACGACUUCCUGAGAUGCCUGAUGGACUGUUACAGUCUGAGUUCAGGUCAGUGGUCGACUCUGCCCGGACACUUCGCCAACAGCAAAGGCUCUCUGUUCACAGCGGUGGUGAGAGGCGACUCCGUGUUCACGCUCAACAGGAGCAUGACUCUGGAGUACGUCGUCGAUGGGAAAACCUGGAAACCCCGACGGCAGAUGAAGGGUUUCCCCAGAAGUGGAUCUGUGUGGACGUUCAUGCUGCAGCUGCCAGACAAUCUCAUGCUAAAGGAAUAAUUAAAUUUUCUUUUUGAUUGUUUUUUUACACUCCCACUUUUCUUUUCUACCCACCUUUAUUUUAAUAAAUACAAAUGAAAACGAUGGUUUAGCACUGCUUUGGGUCUUUGUAGUUUUGACCAUUAUGUCUGUCAACACUGACUGUUUGCAAUGCUUUGCUUAAAGGUUUGUUUCUCCUGUGAAAGAUGACUUCAAUCAAUCAUUAUUUGUUUAGCGCCAAUUCAUGUCAGUGUUAUCUCGAGACUCUUUACAAAAAGAGCGGGUAAAAGAUCGUACUCAUUGUUAAGAAAAAUGGGAUAUGGGAGAUGGGAUAAUAUGCAGAAAGGAUUUCUCCUUUGCAUUCCUCGCGUUCCUGUUGUCCACACUUCCUUGCCACUAAGGUGGAGGUCGGAGCAGGCCGUACAUGAAAGAGGACGGUAGUGGUUGUGGGGACGACACAGUCCGAGAGUGACGUCGGGUGGUAGUUGUGUCAGAUCACCUCGCUGAAGGAUGGGGCAGCUCCGUCUACUCGAGAGUCAAGGGACUCUGGGCUUCUAACACACUGACACAGAAGGGGGACGGGGGGGGGGGGGGGGGGGGGUCCAGAGCAGCAGGCUGUCCUCACCAACCAUCCAGAGGAACCUACAAGACAUGAGAGCUCAGGAGCUCCCAGGAAAAUAUGUGGCUAGUAACUAAAAUGUUAUUACAAAUCAUGACAAAGUUGCAUGUUUCUUUUAAACCUCUGUCUUAAAAAAAAAUGCCGUU